CACCAAUGAAAAUAUGGGCUGGGUUUAACACCCAUUCUGGGAUAUUCUGUAUAAAGCCGUUGUGAACGGACUUAAUGAUUCAAUACACGCAUAUAGAUUUACAUUGGUACGAGCCAUUAAAGUGCGCUUCUUAUAAAAACAAACAACUUAAGACGCAAAAAGCAGGAGAAAAUGAAUGAAUCCCAGAGCCACACCAUCCACAGCAUUGGUUUUAAUAAGAAGAUAAUGAAUGGAAACAGUGUGCAUCACGUCAAUGUGAAGACUCACGUCAACCCAACUAAACUAAAGAACCACAGGUCCAGAUGGACCGUCAGAGCCUCAGAAAUGUCCAAAAACACUCUCAAUCCCAUCCGAGCUAUAGUGGACGGGAUGAAACUCACUCCGAACCCUGACAAACCCAUGAUCGCCCUGUCCAUCGGUGAUCCUACUGUGUUUGGGAACUUGCCAACAGAUGACACUGUUCUGCAAGCAAUGAAGGAGGCCAUAGACUCACACAAAUACAAUGGUUAUGCUCCUUCAGUAGGUUACCAAAAAAGCAGAGAAGCUGUUGCAAAUUUCUACAGUCGACCAGAAGCUCCACUGGAAUCCAACGACGUGAUCUUGGCCAGUGGCUGCAGUCAGGCUAUUGAAUUGGCUAUCAGUGUGUUGUGUAACCCAGGUGACAACAUACUAGUGCCAUGUCCUGGAUUCUCGCUUUAUAAGACACUAGCUGUGUCUAUGGGCAUCCAGGUCAAGCUCUACAAUCUGCUGCCAGAGAAAUCUUGGGAGAUUGAUCUUCAACAUAUGGAGAGUUUAAUAGAUGAGAAAACUGCCUGCAUGAUCGUCAACAACCCAUCCAAUCCAUGUGGGUCUGUGUUCACCAAGGAACACCUGCAGAAGAUACUUUCAGUUGCUUCAAGAAACUGUGUACCUGUCCUUGCUGAUGAGAUCUAUGGAGACAUGGUAUUCCCUGGAUGUGACUUUCAUCUCAUGGCACCUCUCAGCAGUGACGUACCCAUCCUGUCCUGUGGGGGUCUGGCAAAGCGCUGGCUGGUUCCAGGCUGGAGGAUGGGCUGGAUACUCAUCAACGAUCGCAACAACAUCUUUGGAAAUGAAAUACGAGAGGGUUUGGUGAAACUGAGCCAGCGCAUUUUGGGACCUUGUACUGUGGUCCAGGGAGCAUUAGAGACCAUUUUAAACAGCACACCAUCAGAGUUUUACCAAAGAACCAUCAGUUUUCUCAAGUCAAACUCAGAGAUUUGUUUUUCUGAGUUAUCAACUAUCCCCGGCCUCAACCCAGUGAUGCCAUCUGGAGCCAUGUACAUUAUGGUGGGAAUCGAGAUGGAUCACUUCCCAGAAUUCCAGAAUGAUGUGGAGUUCACUGAACGGCUGGUCACUGAGCAGUCUGUGUUCUGUUUACCAGCUACGGCUUUCGAAUAUCCGAACUUCUUCCGAAUCGUGGUAACAGUUCCAGAGGAGAUGAUGGUGGAGGCGUGCAUUCGAAUUCGAGAAUUCUGUGCACAUCAUUACAGACCUCGCAGCCAAGACAGCAAUGAACUGGACCAAUAAAAAAGGCAGACAUAAGAGGAGAGGUCAAAGGUCAGACUGAAAGGAAGCACAUAGCUUUAAAAUAAGUGCAGAUAUGUGCAUUGCAAGUCAACUCUUUUACAGUUUCAUGAAGUCUUCAUAUUUAUAUUUUUCUAUGGGUCAGUAUUAUAUGAACGGGGAUGGGGUAUUGGACAAAUGGCUUUUUAGUCUACAUACAUGUAUUGUAGUCUUUUAUUUUGUGUUCUUCCACUGUAACAGAUAUGCUUAUGACUUAACCACAACGCUCUAGUAUCUCUAACCUGCAUGUUGUUAUGUACUUAUAUAUCCUAUACGUAUACUGUACUAGGAACAGAAUGUUUUGUAGUGCAUUUGUUUAAUUUGCAUGCCCAACCACACUUUAUGGUGAAAAUGUAUGCAUAUAUGCAAGUUAUCAUGUUUUUUUUUUUUCAAUUUUUGCAUUUAAGCUAUUUAAAUAAAGUUGUCUCUCAACCA